AUGAUGCUACAGUAAGCAUUUGCUAAUUAUGAAUUAAUUAGGAUUAAAAAUUAUUAUCCACGUGUGUUAAAGUAAAUCAGAGUAUAAAUUAGUUUAAGUUAUACUCUAAUUCAUCUUAAUUCACGCGGAUUGAGCUGAAGGCCGUAGGGCCGUAGGGUGAUGCCCAGUCCCAGUCUCGGCCGGCCAGCUCUCUUUUAGUAGAGACACUCUGCCACAGCGUAGCCUAGCAUAGCGUCCACUAGCUAGCUAGCUAGCUAGCAUCAGUCAUGGAGGAUGGCGCCGAGAAGGCGACGACACCGGAUUCUUCUUCUUCGCAAGCGGCACCGCCAGCGCUGAGCGCGGUGUACGUGAACAGGCGCCUCGUGGCGGGCAACCGCGCCAUGGCCGCCGUCCACGUCGCGCUGGUCGCCACGGUCAUCGGCCAGCGCGCCCUGGCGCUGCUCUCUGCUGGAACCAGCAGCGCGUCGCCCGCGUCCCGGUCCCUGCAGGUGCAGCACGUGGCCAUGGCGCUGGCCGACCUGACGCUGCUGUUCGUGUGGGCGCUGUCGCAGUCGGGGCUGUGGCGUCCCGUGACGCGCGCCGCGUUCCCGGGCCGGCUGCUGGCGGCGGUGCCCCGCGGCGCGCUCCCGCGCGUGGACGUGCUGGUGGUGACGGCCGACCCGGACAAGGAGCCGCCUCUCGGGGUGGUGAACACGGUGGUGUCGGCGAUGGCGCUGGACUACCCCGGCGGCAAGCUGAGCGUGUACCUGUCGGACGACGCCGGGUCGCCGCUCACGCUGCUCGCCGCCCGUAAGGCCUACGCCUUCGCUGCCAGGGCCUGGGUGCCCUUCUGCAGGAGGCACUCCGUGCAGUGCCCCUGGCCGGACAGGUACUUCGCCGGCGACGACGACGACGCUGACGGCGAUCGGCGGCGGGAGGAGCUCGCGGAGGAGAGGGCAAGAGUCAGGAAACUAUACGAGAAGUUGAAAGCGGAUAUAGAGGCGGCUAAGAAUGACGAGACUAUUUCUGGGAGCUGGUCAAAAGACAAACGUCAGAAUCACGAUGCUUACGUGGAGAUCAUCGAAGACGGCGACGGCGUUGAGGAGAUUCCGGCGCUGGUGUACGUAGCCCGCGAGAAGCGGAGAGCGUGGCCUCACCACUUCAAGGCCGGCGCUCUCAACGCCCUGCUGCGAGUGUCGGGCGUGGUGAGCAACGCGCCCUACGUGCUGGUCCUCGACUGUGACAUGGCCUGCAACAGCCGCGCCUCCGCCCUGGACGCCAUGUGCUUCCUCCUCGACCGCAGGCCGCCGCCGGACAGCCUCGCCUUCGUGCAGUUCCCGCAGCUGUUCCACAACCUCAGCCACAAGGACAUCUACGCCAACGAGCUCAGAUACAUCUUCGGGACCCGAUGGUUCGGCCUGGACGGCGUCCGGGGCCCUCCCCUCUCCGGCUCCGGCUUCUACGUCAGGAGAGACGCGCUUUACGGGGCCACACCGACCGCGGACUUCAUGCCCGAUGCCACCGCCGUCGCCGAGCUCAAGACAAGGUUCGGCCACUCCGACCGUCUCGUGGCAUCCUUACGCAGCCCCGGCGUUCCACCAGAAGCAGAAGCGAUGAUGUCCCUUGCGGCGCUGGCCUCCUGCGCAUACGAGGCCGGCACCGCCUGGGGCGCCGGCGUCGGCUUCAUGUACCAGUCGGUGGUGGAGGACUACUUCACGGGGUUCCAGCGCUUCUUCGCCCGGGGGUGGACCUCCGCCUACUGCUACCCGGAGCCGCGCCCGGCGUUCCUCGGCAGCGUGCCCACCAACCUCAACGACGUGCUGGUCCAGAACAAGCGCUGGAUGUCCGGCAUGCUCGCCGUCGGCGUCUCCAGGCGCCACUCCCCGCUCGCCUGCCGCCCGCUCCUCCGGGCCUCCCUGCUCCAGGCCAUGGCCUACGCCUACUUCGGCUUCGCCGCGCUCUGCGCCGUCCCCGUGCUCUGCUACGCCACCCUGCCGCAGCUCUGCCUCCUCCGGGGCGUCCCGCUAUUCCCCUGCCCCGCCGCCACCGCGGCGGCGUUCGCGUCCUCGCUUCUGCAGCACAUGGCGGAGGUGUGCGUGUCCAGGCGGGGUAGGCUGGACCUGCGCACGUGGUGGAACGAGCAGAGGUUCUGGGUGCUCAACGCCCUCACAGCCCAGCUCUUCGGCUGCGUCAGCGCCGCCCAGGAGCUGCUCGGCGCACGCGCCUUGGACUUCGACCUCACCAGCAAGGCCGCCGUCGACGGGAGCCUGUACCAGGACGGCGUGUUCGACUUCACGGGCUGCUCCGCGCUGCUGCUCCCUGCCACCACGCUCUCCGUGCUCAACGCCGCUGCGAUCGUCGCCGGCACCUGGAAGAUGUCGUCGUCGUCGUCGUCAUCGAGCGGCGGCUUCCACUUCGCCCCGCAGCUGUUCCUCAUGUGCUACGGCGCGGCGCUCAGCUACCCGCUACUGGAGGGGAUGUUCCUCAGGCGGGAUCCUGCGAGGGUUCCGCCACGCAUCACCGCACUCUCGGUCGCAUUGGCAGCCGUGCUGCUUGCCGCCAUGCUUGGAUGAACAUCAACCGAGAGAUGCACGGCCUGCUUCAACUCUUGUCUACUGUUCUAGAUAUACUGUACUUUUAAUUACUAUUCCCACUGUAUUCCCACCGUUGAAGCACAACAACGCAGUGAACUAAACGACGAACGAGAAGAAGCCCAAGGUUAAUUAGAACUAAUUUAUGAUAUACGUUCGGACUAAUUAUUCUACACAUCAAAGAUAUUUAUGUAAUGCGGUAUAAUAUAUAUAAUUUGUUUACUAUUGCA